GCGCGUGGGGGCCGGGUUCCCUCACCAUGAGUGUCCGGGUCGCACGGGCCGCCCGGGCCUGGGCCCGAAGCGUGAGCGGCCGCCGCGGCUUCUCGAACUGGCCGCGGCCUCCGCCGGCUGCUGUGGACGUGGCGGCGCUGCUGCGAGAGGCGACCGCGGCGGACGGAGGGUCCCGGGACGCGGAGGCGGCGGCGGGACGGCGGGAGCCGGGCCAGUGCUCUGUGCUGCUCUUCCCCGGCCAGGGCAGCCAGGUGGUGGGCAUGGGCCGCGGGCUGCUCCGCUACCCGCGCGUCCGCGAGCUUUACGACGCCGCCCGCCGCUUGCUCGGCUACGACCUGCUGGAGCUGAGCUUGCGCGGGCCGCAGGAGGCCCUGGACCGCACCGUGCACUGCCAGCCCGCUGUCUUCGUGGCUUCGCUGGCCGCCGUGGAGAAACUGCAUCACCUGCAACCGGCGGUUAUUGAGAACUGUGUUGCUGCUGCUGGAUUCAGUGUGGGAGAAUUUGCAGCCCUAGUGUUUGCUGGAGCCAUGGAGUUUUCUGAAGGUCUGUAUGCAGUGAAAAUUCGAGCUGAGGCCAUGCAGGAAGCCUCGGAAGCCGUCCCCAGUGGUAUGCUUUCCGUCCUUGGCCAGCGUCAGUCCAAGUUCACCGUCGCCUGUCUGGAAGCCCAGGAACACUGCAGGACUCGGGGCAUAGAGAACCCUGUGUGCGAGGUGUCCAACUACCUCUUUCCUGACUGCAGGGUGAUCUCAGGACACCUGGAGGCUCUGCAGUUUCUCCAGAAGAAUUCCUCUAAGUAUCACUUCAGACGCACCAAGAUGUUGCCAGUUAGCGGUGGGUUCCAUACCAGCCUCAUGGAGCCAGCCGUGGAGCCUCUGGCGCAGGUGUUAAAGGCAAUUGAUGUCAAGAAGCCCCUGGUUUCCGUGCACUCGAACGUCGACGGGAACAAAUACAUGCAUGCCAAACACAUCCAGAAACUGCUGGUCCGGCAGCUGGUCUCCCCGGUGAAGUGGGAGCAGACGAUGCACGCCAUAUACGAGAGGAAGAAGGGCACCGCGUUCCCCCGGACGUUCGAGGUGGGGCCCGGGAAGCAGCUGGGCACCAUCCUCAAGAGCUGUAACCUGCAGGCCUGGAGGUCCUACAGUCACGUGGAGGUGCUGGAGGCCGACGAGGACCCAGAGCAGCCGCUGUAGGGCCCUGGCGUGGACGGGCUGUGUCCGAGGAGGACUCGGGCUCCGGGGAGCUGAGCCCAGCCUGGCCUUCCUGCCAGGCCGCCGCCUCCACAUGAGCGGGAGGGUAGUGUGCUUUGAAUGCCCUGUGGAAAGCACUAGAAACGAGUGUUUCUUCACACGCCGGUGUCCGUCUCUCCCGCCCUUGAAACAUGUCUGAGCGCUGGGGAGCUGCAAUGUGCUGGUUCUGUGCAGACUGGUGGGUACCACCCCUGCCUCCUGGGCAGACCACGUCGCCUCCCCAGGCCCCAGGCGGCUCCUCCAUAGGCGGAAGUGUUCUGAGGCCCGGGAAGGCCUGGCCUGCGGCCGUGUGGGCGCCGUGGGCCAUGGCUUGAGGCCAGCACCAGACACCCUCCUCUGCUGGCCCAGCCUCCUCUGGACACGAUGCAGCCAAAACCUUAGCGCCUGUGCCCCCUGAAUCCAAAGGGCUUUAGGACCCAGCGGGCCUUGGCAGCCAUUCUGUCCCCAUCACUCAACAGUUGGGAGAUGGUACCCCAUGUGUUUACUUCCCAACAGAAAGCCUCGAGUGCCUACUGCGUGCCAGGGAGCGAGUGGCGUCUGCCUUGGUGGGGAGGAAGGUCCUUUAGCGAGGCGGGAGCGGCGUGGGAAGGGCAGCUGGGGGCCAUGCGUCCUCCCCCACCCCCACGUCACCCCUUCAACUGCAGUCAGCGUGCCUGCUGUGUGCCCAGGGCCGCGUCCAGCUUGGGCCGCCCUCUGAGCGUAUCCUCAGUCUGCUCCACAACAGGAGCACCCGCAGGGGCCUGCUCCUAAUGUCAGUAUUAAAUGCGAUCAGUUCUCAACUUC